CAAAAUUUCGAACUCCGGAGAAUUGUGUAGGAUACAGUACAUACAGGAGUUGUCGAUUUCUUUCCACUGUUAGCUGGCGAUUGUCUUCCCGGGUACAUAUAAUCCGUCCCCAAUUCACUUUGGCACGGCCUCCCAGUACCAUAUUUUGGUGGACGCAGCACAGCAACCGCCAUCAUGGUGUCCGUAGUGAAGCGGAUGCGAGCGCUAAAAACUAAGUUGCUGAAUAUGCGAGUCGGACUCGGUGCAGCUCUUCUUCCUCCAACCACAUCCACCCCCGGACUCCUGCCCGUCACCCGCGUCCACCUCACCUACGCGCGCAAAAUCUACGAAGGCCACGGCGGACCCCGGAAAUUCUGGCGCGUCUGCCUCCCGCGGUUAAAAUACCACAACCCCGCGCUCGCCGUAACAGUGAAACAGACAACCGAACAAGAAGGCCCCGCCAUAUUAUCGGUAUAUUUCAAGAACGAAGCCGCGGUGGCUGCUGAGGCUACAGCUGCGACUACCAAUAGCCAGCAAGCGACGACAGCCGCCGUUCCUCCCGCACCAGAAGGGGGAGAAGAGCAGCUCGUAGAUGAGUUUGCGCCGCCGCCAACGGAGUCUGAGAUUGUGAGGCGGAUCAAUGUAAAGAGGAAGACUGUCCGGCAUAUCUGGGAUGAUUUUAAGCAGAUGACGGGCGCGGAGGAUAUCCCUCUCUCAGAGGAGGAUAAGGCGGAGAUUGAAGAGAUGCAGCGACAGAAGGAGCUGAGUGAUUUGGAUCGGAAGCGGGUUGCCGAGAAUAGGCAGAUGAUUAAGGAUCAGGAGAAGUUGCUUGAGGCGGCGAGAGAGGAUGUCAAGAGACUGAGGGCCGAAGAGUAGGAUUCUCUUCAAUUUUCCGGGGUGGAGAUGGACAAUAUUUUUCUUGUCCGUUGGGUGUCUCUUCUCUUUUUCCUUCACUUGCGCCUUGUAUUAGAAUUUCAUUUUUAUGUACAACUCUUGUUUUCAUUUUCCUUGGUUUUUGUUGGGUGGUAAGGAGUUUGAGUAUGUCAAUUUCUCCCUGUUUUGAUUUAUCUAUUUUACUUUUUGUUGCAUAUUCGAUCCUACCCCUUAAGGACCGGUGGGUCUCUAGAUGGAUCUUUAUCCCUAUCAAAUGUCUGUAUAGUACAAUAAAGGAAAUAUUAUUAACCCCAAAUCUAGAAUACCCAAAUCUUCAUCCGUACAUUUUAUUUGAUUUUUAUCUUUCAUUCUUCCAAACGGAACUUGAAAUUUUACGAGGUGGACAAAGGAUACUGAUAAUGGGCUGCGAAAUACUUCAUAAAUUAGACGUAAACGCGGCUGAUGAUAUUUACAAAAAAGGCCGAGAACUUUUCAAUCAUUUUUUAGACAAAAUAUACUUAUACCAACGCUUAUCAUAUACGUAAGAUAUCACUGGGAACGUCCAGUGUCC